AUGGCUACUAUCCUACUUACCUGCAACUCUGAGGACUUUGACAUCGCCCUUGGCCUCAAAUCUUCUAUCCAAUGUGAACUUGGAAUCAAAGUUAGUCUUCACAUCGAAGAUGAUAGUGACGAUGAAGAUGACCAUUUGGAUGCCGUUGUCGAACUAGCCACUGUACUCUUGGUUUUUGAGUUUGGCGACUCCAACAUCUCUGCUUGGGUGACCAUCAAUGGCAUGGAUAUUGCCCAAAGCAAUUAUAAAGAAAGCGCGUUUCCGGAAGCCAUCGACUUUUCCAAGAAUUUCUCAAAAGGUAUCGCAGUCCUUGACGAUAUCCUUUAUACCGAUUUCGGUCUAGACACGAGAGCGUCUACUCAAGUGCAAUCACAUCACCACCUUACACCAUUGACCGUGUAA